AAAUCCUCCUGAUUGGUUUCCAAUAGGAAAAACUUGAAGCAAAACACAUUCAACAAAGGGGCUGCGCUACUUGUUCCAGGGAUAAAAAACACCAAAAUAUUGGUCAUCACCUGCGGGGAAAGGAAAAUAAAAGUUGUUUUCGGGGUCCCCACUCGGAACGGAAACAGUGAGUUUACAACAAGCAAUGGUCCAAGUGUUUUAGGAAGCCAAUUCUAGCAGCAAAAAUCAAAAGUCAAUAUUUUUCCAUGGUGCCCAAGGGGCGACGAACGACGUCAAUUUUGUAGCGCUAGUUCUGCAGUUUCGAGAAAAAUAGUCAUUUCUGUUCAAUUGCCCGAAGCAGGAAACCAGAAAUGAUUACACGAUCGACUAGUCGGAGAAGUGAACUUAUCGGUAUCCGGAUACUCUGGAUCCUGGCACAUCUGCUAGCAAAUGUAUCGAUAUCGCUGGCCUCGGAAGCACCAGUUUUGAUAGUGGUAUCGUACGAUGCCUUCAGAACGGAAUACCUGAGGCGCAAUAGCACCGGAUUCAUGAACGAGCUACGUCGAAACGGGACGACGACCGAGUUCCUGCGAAAUGUUUUCCCCACCAAGACGUUCCCCAAUCAUCACAGCAUUGCGACCGGGGUUUAUCCGAACGAGCACGGAGUGAUGGCCAAUGGGUUGUACGAUCAUGGCCAAGGCCAGCUGGAGUAUUCCUACGAGCUGUUCCAUUUCAACAAUGACCUCGUCCCGAUCUGGAUACUCAAUCAACAGGCUGGUGCUCACUCCGGUUGCAUGAUGUGGCCAGGUUCGGAAUUCCCCUACACCAAGGCCAACAUCACUUGUAGCCACGUGCAGCCCUACAAUCUAACGAUGCCGUGGAACGAUCGUAUCGAUACCGUCAUUCGGUGGAUUCGAGACCCCCAGAAACCCGCCAGUCUGGUGAUGCUGUACAUCGAAGAACCAGACUACUACGGGCACAUCUACAGCCCCGAUUCGGAUCGUGUAGCCCAGCUCAUAGUGAAGCUGAAUGAUCUGACGCGAUACCUGAACGAUCGAAUCCGCCAGUUUGGGUUGGAGAAUAGAGUCAACGUCAUCCACAUCAGCGAUCACGGCAUGGACUCGUUGAUGCCGAAGAAUUUCAUCAACCUCACCAAUUACGUCCCGACCGACAUGAAGUACGACACCUACGGAUCGACACCGGUUCUGCAGAUUGUACCAAAGGUGAAACAACAAACAGCGGAUCUGUUUCGAGCGCUGAAAAACGGAUCGGAACAAAGCGGAAAGUUUGAUGUGUACACAUUCGAGAAUUUGCCCCCAAGAUGGCACUUCAACAAUGCUGCGAGGACCGGUCCCAUCACAGCGGUGGCAAAACUUGGCUACGGUUUCGAUGAUAUGUGGAAAACCGUAGAGUACUACCGGAAGACCUUCAACGUGACAAUAACUCCCGAAACGAAGUAUGGCGUACAUGGGUACGACAACAACGAACCGAUCAUGCAUCCCAUCUUCUUUGGUUAUGGGCCGCGCAUUAGGGAACGCACCGUUGUGGAGCCAUUCGAUACGGUCGAUUUGUAUUAUCUAUUUUGUGAAAUCUUGCAUCUGGAGACGCCACGUUUCCUGGUUGGAAAACGGGAGCACAUCGUGGACGUUUUGAGGAACGAUUCACGCGACGACGAUGACGAUGGUGGAGCUCAACCGCUUCCGGAAACUUUGGCAAUAAUCUUCGCCGGAAGUUUGCUAGCAUCGUUUGUGCUCGUCAGUUUGCUGGCAACCCUGAUCAUUUGGCAGCGUCGCCGUCGGGAGAGCAUGGUUCCGCACUAUCUGUACGAUGAAACGGAAUCGUUCCUGGAUGAGGGCAACAAGUUGUUACCUCAACAGCAGCAGUCGCAGCACCACAACGCGUCCAUCCAACGCGUCUAUCACUACAAUCAUCAUCCGCACAAUCACUAUCACCACUACCAUCACCAUGCUAGCAGUGGUGGUCACGGAUCAUCGACCGGGACCAACGGGUCAAUUAACGGGGACGUAGUUUCGAUUGACGUUUGAAGCUGCUAAUAUUUGAACCGGUGUCAAUUCGCUGUAAAUAAUCGUUGUUCAUUCCUAUUGUUCGGUGUUUCCUUCCACAAAACGCCUUCACCCGAAUGAUUGAGUAUUGAUUUUUAAUAGUUUUUAGCCCGUAGCUCAUAAUACAUGAUCAAUUUUCACAGAAAAAAAUGAUUACAGAUUGCCAUACCUACUCCAGAGUUUCAAAACCCACACAUAGAAGCUACAAAACACAUACAACCGAAAUGAACACACAAACUUACACUAAUACAUAUCAUCAAAAGGUAGUUCCGAUUUUAUCCUUAUGCGCACGUAACACGUUACCAUGGAUACGAAACCCCAACAACAAAUACGAAACAUGAAAUUAAUGGUUUUAACAAUAGAAAAUUAGCGACAAGUAACUUAUUCCCCCCAGACAAUAUGGCCGCGAAACUGUCCAAAAGUGACGUCCUCGCCGGUCCAACCCAAACAGUAGUAGAUCGAGAACGUUUUAUACUUUAAUGGCACCCCUUCGGAGCUGAUGUUAGUUCCCGCUCGAGGGGCAGUUCAAUUAGCAUAAUCCAAUUUUAGCUGAACCAUGCUUCCAAAAACAAAGAAACGAAACGAAAUCUACAAAAACGAAAAACACAUUAUUGGAACAAUUUUAAGAAAACAAAUAACAUAAAAAACAUCGAAAUUAUCCUUCCCUGUUCCCGAAAACUACUUGAAACAUUUGAUUACCGGAGACUGUGAGCUAGAGACGACUAAAAUAAUCGGAGUGAGCAGAUUAAGUCAAAAUCAUCGGUGUAGGUGUAUUGAAAAACCGAUCUAAGCCAUAAUAGUAACAGUAAUUAUACAAUUCAAAGCAGUAAUUUAUUAAAAUAAAGGAAUAUUUUAACAUACAUGCAUAAUACGAUAAUCAACUCUUGUAAAUAAUCAAGUAAGACAAUUACUGAAACGAAAAAACAAACAAAACAUUAUAUAAAUUAUAUCUCGCACCUAUCAUAACUGCUAAUAUGAGACAAAGAACUAUUGGAAACACUUUCGCAACAAAAUGAAGAGUUAAAAAAAAAGAAAACAUUACUAAAAAUGCGAUGUGGAAACGAAAAAAAAUGAAAUGUGAAACUUCUUGUGAUAUUUUUUAUACAUUCACUGCAAACUUCUAUACAUUAGAGAGAGAGAAAUCAAUAAAACAGACACUCAAGAAAAAAAACACACACACACUGACUCACUCGAAACACAUACAACUAGACUACUUUCUAUUGUGCUGUUGUUCGGGUAAAUGUGCGCCCGUCAAGCCGUACUCUGUCAAACGGAACUUAGAAUACAUACAAGUAUGGGACUGUGUUUGUGUGUGAUAGUUGGGUGAAACGAAUUCGGAUGAACGUGUGUUUGUGUGCCUGUACGAAGUGCGCUAAACAGCUAUUCAAACAAAAAACUACGUGAGUCUGUUUUUAGUUUCUUUUUUUUUUAUAAGUGCUAAGCAAAUCAUUGUAACAAAUAGGAAAAAAAUAAGUAGAGCUAAACCUUGGAAAAAGAUACCGUUAAAAAUAUGGAGGAAAACCCCGAGAUGUGCUCUGCUCCCAUAUACAUAUACCUAUUGUACCUUUCCCUUGUCUUAGAUUUUGGGCAUCAUCAUAUGGCGAAGCAAACUUUGACAUUACAAAUCCCUCUGUAAUGUGGUGGAAACACCCAACUGAAAGAUGUCGUCAUCGUCGCAAUUCGCUAGUAAAAAAAUUACCCAAAUGUUGAAGCGAAAAUAAAAAUAUCUACCAAAAAACCCCUAGAGAUGAAUUUCAUAUACCCUCCAGCCUGACGGACUAUCUCCCUCUCAAGUGAUUCUAAUCCUAACUGGAAAAAAAAUUAAGACAAAAUAAAUAAUAAAGGAUCCCGAGAAAAGGUUAAUGGAAAUAAGUUUGCUGCUUUC